GUAGACACACUCCCUCUCUCUCCCUCUCUCUCCCUCCCUCUCUCUCUCCCUCUUUCUCUCCCUCUCUCAUAGUUCUCCAACCCCAGGAGGCCAGACAGAGAGACGUGGUCACUCCCUGAAAGACUCAGCUUGAGAAAGACAAAAUGCAGUGGGCCUCCCUCCUGCUGCUGGCUGGCCUCUGCUCCCUCUCCCGGGCUCAGUAUGAUGAAGACCCCCACUGGUGGUUCCACUAUCUCCGCAGCCAGCAGUCCACCUACUACGAUACCUAUGAUCCUUACCCUUAUGAGCCCUAUGAGCCUUACCCCUAUGGGGUGGAGGAAGGUCCAGCCUAUGCUUACGGCUCUCCACCUCCACCAGAACCCCGUGACUGCCCCCAGGAGUGCGACUGUCCACCCAACUUCCCCACAGCCAUGUACUGUGACAACCGCAACCUCAAGUACCUGCCUUUCGUUCCCUCCCGCAUGAAGUAUGUCUACUUUCAGAACAACCAGAUCUCCUCUAUCCAGGAAGGCGUCUUCGACAAUGCCACUGGACUGCUCUGGAUUGCUCUCCAUGGCAACCAGAUCACCAGUGAUAAGGUUGGUAAGAAGGUCUUCUCCAAGCUGCGGCACCUGGAGAGGCUGUAUCUAGACCACAACAACCUGACCAGGAUGCCUGGUCCACUGCCUCGAUCCCUGAGGGAGCUCCAUCUUGACCACAACCAGAUCUCCCGGGUCCCCAAUAAUGCUCUGGAGGGGCUGGAGAACCUCACAGCCUUGUACCUCCAACACAAUGAGAUCCAGGAAGUGGGCAGUGCAAUGAGGGGACUCCGCUCACUGAUCUUGCUGGACCUGAGUUACAACCACCUUCGAAAAGUGCCUGAUGGACUGCCCUCAGCCCUUGAGCAGCUGUACAUGGAGCACAACAAUGUCUACUCCGUCCCUGACAGCUACUUCCGGGGGUCACCCAAGCUGCUGUAUGUGCGGCUGUCCCACAACAGCCUCACGAACAACGGCCUGGCCUCCAACACCUUCAAUGCCAGCAGCCUCCUUGAGCUUGACCUCUCCUACAACCAGUUGCAGAAGAUACCCCCAGUCAACACCAAUCUGGAGAACCUCUACCUCCAAGGCAAUAGGAUCAAUGAGUUCUCCAUCAGCAGCUUCUGCACCGUGGUGGACGUCAUGAACUUCUCCAAGCUGCAGGUGCUGCGCCUGGACGGGAAUGAGAUCAAGCGCAGCGCGAUGCCGGUGGACGCGCCGCUCUGCCUGCGCCUCGCCAACCUCAUUGAGAUCUGAGUGGCCUCAUCCAGGGCACGCAGCGGAGAGCCCCCACUGUCCCAAUGCAUUUGGCUUGAUGGUUUGGUUUGGCUUUUGCUGGAAGGUCUGGGAUAGACCAUGUGACAGAACUCCAGGGGCUCGCUCUUUAGGCUUCUCCCCUGUAGACAGGGUUAGGUGGGAUCAGGGGACAGGCAGUCUUCAGCUGAGGGACACAGGCAGAAGCUCUCUCUCUUUUUCAGGGACAGAAGUGGUGGCGAAGGAGUAAUCCCUGGAAGCCCCAACCCCAGUAAUUCCACCACCCAUUAGAUCUUCCCAAUUAGCUGGUGUCGUGGAAAUUUAAAAGUUGCUUGGGCAAUAGUACAUAACCUUGCUUUUCUCACAAUCCCAACUCUCUUUGUGAGCAGCGCUUUGCAGCUCUCCCCGGCAUUGGUCUAGUCAUACACUUACUCUGUGUUUGCACUCGUUGCUCCUCAAAAUAUUCCUGUUGCCCAACUGCCUCUUGCUAAGUCCACCUCCUCCACUCACCCUUCCUCCACUGAUGCCUCUUCUAUGGGAGCAUCUGCCAGCAACCUGUGGAGAGAAGCCAUACUUCUAGGCCUCCUUAACUUUCCUCCUUGAAAACCAGAAGAUUGGAUGGCACCAACAUAAAGACAAUGUUCAUGGCCUGUUGUGGGAGGAGACAACCAACGUUAGGCUUAGAUAAAUUCAUGGGGCUAUAUUUUAGCAGCUGGAGAGCUCUUUGAAGGUGGAUCAGACUUCAGAAGUGGAAAUGCCAGACUUUGCUCAUCAUUGACAUUCAUAAUGUGGGCAAACACAGUUCCAGUUGGCGGAACUGAGGAAGUAGUCCCAGUAAGUUCAUUCUUGCCUAGCACUCGCCCUGCAUUCUCAAAGCAUCCUAUGUGGGUCUUUAUCAUCAAAGGUGGAGGCCAUGUAAUUUUCAAAGCAUGAGCAAGAUAGUAUAUCCUCUCCUUUUAUCCAAGAAGAAAGCUCCUAUAUCCUGAUGGAAGAGACAGGCUCCAACCAGUCCUGGACCUGCCUGCUAGCACAAAAGAGGAAGAUGUGGUUAAUCGAUAUUAACUGAUUUGUCCUAAAGCAAGGGUUAAAAGUACCAGCUCUGGCUGGAGAUGCUCACUUGGGUCUAGGCACAAAACCCUCUGCUCUCCUAUCUCUGAGCUACACACACCCUUUUUACUUAAGAUUCCUGUUGCUUUAGAGUUUGAAGUAGAGAGCAAUUAGUUCUUCCCAUUUCUGAAAGAUAAUGUUGCCAGGGACCUAACCCACCUACUCCCUUGUGCACUGUUGGGAUGGAACCACCUGGGCAGCCAGGGGCAAGCACUGGUUGAGGAGAGUUAGCCCCAGGCUGGUCCCUGCCCAGAUGCCAUUAUGUCCCUGAUGCUGGGUGUGCUUUGAAAUGGCUUCACUGAGAAGGAAGGAGGGGAUCCUUGGACUAUGGUCUUGGUUCCAGACCCUGAAAUCCACAAAAGCCAAACCAGCUCAUUUCAACAAAUGAGCUCUGAUGUAAGGGGUAAGGCUGCCCCCUGCCCCAGGGCUCUUCAGAAAGCAUCUGCAUGUGAACACCAUCAUGCCUCUAUAAAGGAUCCUUAUUACAGGAAAAGCAUGAGUGGUAGCUAACCAGACAAUAAAGUUAUUUUACAACUGCAUCUGCAAUAAUGGAGUUAUUUAAGGCAGACUACAGGAAGAUUGUUGUAGGAGAUCUAGUAGGGUCUCAUAGGCCUGGGACUUGAAAAGCCCUCUUUCUCAUUUUAGCUAAGGGGUUAAAAAGAAAAAAAAAUAGAAAGUAACCUAUAAAAAAAGCUUUUGAGGCAGUCAGUUCAUCAUCCUUUUUCAUCAAACUAACAUUUAACAAACUUUAUAUUCUGGAAGUUCUUCUUUAAGUCUAACUUCAAUUCCAUUAGCUACACAUUCCCUUCCAUUUAGUCUCCAAGAGAAAAGAACAACUAUUUUUUUCCAGUCUUUCUAACAUUUUUCUCCUUCAACCAUUCUCUCUUCAUCCCAGUAAUUCCAAAUCGCCCUGGUCCUGGAUAUUGUCUGAACUGCUCCUGCCCUCUAGCGGUAACUGUGCAGAACUGAGGGCUUCCAGGCACAGCAUAACCCAGUUGAGCCAGGAAGAGGGAAAUAAGCAUUCAACCACACACCCAUUAUUUCAUUCAUCCUCCCAAUGCACAUUUCUUAAAAGCCUUUAAAUCCCAGAUGUUGUACUAGGUGCUGAGCAAAUGUCAUUUAAGUUAGGAGUGCACCUCAGGCUUGUGCUUUCAAGCAAUCCAUUUUCUAUUGGGAAAUAACAACUGAUAUUUACUGAGCACUCAUACAUGCCAAAUUCUGUACCAAACAUGUUGCAAGUAUCACAACUCCAUCUUAAAGCAAAAUAAACUAAUUUGGCUAUAAGUCUCUGGAGCAAAAGUUAGGCGGAAAUGUGAGCUUAUGAAAAGAUCAGCAAGAAAUCAUAAUUUUAACCAUAGGCCUCUCUUUAAGGACAGCAAAUUAAGCACAUCUAGCCUCAGUGCCCAAGUACAGAGAAACGCUAAGCAGAGGAGGCAAGAACCAGACACAUACGGAGGGUAUGUCCAAGCUUCAAGGAGCAAUCCCCUGCCUCUCAGUUUUGCUUCUGAACAGCACCCAGCCCUGCUACAAGGCUUCCCUCCUUUCUAAAUCCAAUUGUUUACAAAGAAAAGAGCCACAAUGGACCAUCUCUCAGGCUUUGUUUAGUACUUAUUAUGUGCUAGGUGCUUUUCUUAUGUUAUCUCAUUUAGUAUUCCUAAUAAUUCUAUGCCAUAAGAACUAACACUUUUGCUGUUUUAUAGAUGAGGAAACAGAGGCACUAAGAGCUCAGGUCACCCAGUAAUGAAACAUCAGGACCAGGAUUUGACCCCAGCUUGUCAAAUUUGCUUUACCAUUUCUACUAUGCUAACCUGGAGAUCCCUGUGUUACUGCUUUAAGCAGGAUUACUAGGUGUAUGGUAGGAGUAAGUGGAAAGAGACCAUUUUACCUCUUUUUGG